UCUGCAUUAGAGUUAACACAGUACGGGGCCUUUGCUGCAUCACCCAGCCAUCCUGGUAACCAUAAUCUCCAUGAUAUGCCCAACAAACUAUGUCGUCUUUUGAGUUGGAGGCUUGCGGAUUUGCGUACUGAUUGUACUUGCAUUUCGAGGUAUAAAGAUACGAUAUGCCUGUCCCAUCUGGACGAUUUGCUUUUACCUCGCCACACUCUUUCUUCACCUUCUUUUUCGUUUCCUUUUGCACCCGACUCUUUUUGUCCUCCCCACCUCAACUAUCAAGAUGAGAUUCAGCGUUAUUGCCGUUACCGCUCUCGCAGCUGCUGUGUCUGCUGAGCAGGACGUCCGUAUUAAGUCCACCAAGGCCAGCAGCCUUGAGGAGCCUACUGGCAGUGCUGCCAACAGCACUGCUCCCGCCUCCUCCAGUGCGCAUCAUCACUCUUCUUCCGCUGCCCACAGCCACCACCCUUCCUCUGUUGCCCACGUUCACUACAGCAGCAGCACUCCCACUCCCACCUCUACCUCUACCCCGUGCACUACCAAGACUCCCACCAGCACUCCCUGCACCUCCAAGGUCAAGCCUACUACCGUCAAGCAUACCCCUAAGCCUAGCGUCGCCUGCACCAAGACCAACAACGGUACUCACCACGCGUGCCCUCCCAAGCCUCAGCAACCCAUGCUUGCUUACAACGGCACCAAGCCUACUCAGGUCCCUGCUGUGGUCCCUUCUGCUGGUGCAGCCGCAGAUAACGUUGUUCCUGCCGCUGCCGGCCUGGGUCUGGUCGCUGCUAUCGGCUUUGUCCUCCUUUAAGCGUCUCGCAAGAACUCUUAUACUAGGGAUCUGCGUGGGAUUCUACAUUCUGGCAAUUGCAAUUAGGGAAUCUGCGCUGGGGGAAGAUCUUUAUUUGGACAAUUACGAUGACUGAUAGUUCUUUGUGGGGAAACAUGCGUGGGUUUAUACUGCUGGAGGGUGGAUGGCGGGGGGAUAGUUUUAGUGUAGCUUAUUUCUCUAUGAUGUAUUUAGCCUUUAACUAAUAGCUUACUUAAUACAAAUCAUCUGGG